AAAUGGGUAAAGCAUUUAACAGAUUUGGACAUAGCAAGUAUGUUACGCCCGAUGCUGUGGAGUAUUAAGGAAGAAGAGCGUUUAGUCUUUACGCAUAUUUCUGUUUGGAUUUGUACUACGCCUAAUGCUGGAAAAAUAAACCGUAGACCACUUUUAUCUGAAUAUGUUCGGGCGAAGAGGAGGAUCUAUCCUGCUGAG